UUCACUUUAACGUAACCUUUAAAUUUAUAUAUAUAAGACUCUCUAAGUAUCAGCCAUUCGCUCUCUUUAGUAUUAUUUUCUAACACUUUUGCAUUUGCUUCUUUCUUUUUCACACCAGAUCUGGGGAUCCAGGCUAUGGCUGAAAAGGUGACGAUAAUGGUGCUGAAGGUCGACCUUCAGUGUAGUAAAUGUUACAAGAAGGUCAAGAAAGUGCUCUGUAAAUUCCCUCAAAUACGAGACCAGAUAUACGAUGAAAAGGCUAAUACGGUGACCAUCACGGUGGUAUGCUGUAGCCCGGAGAAGAUCAGGGACAAGUUAUGUUACAAAGGUGGUGGAUCCAUCAAGAGCAUUGAGCUCAAGUCGCCGGCGAAACCCAAGGAAUCGGAGAAGAAACCCGACAAACCUAAAGAAGCCGAGAAGCCGAAAGAAGCUGAGAAGAAGCCGGAAAAACCCAAAGAAGCUGAGAAGAAGCCGGAAAAACCCAAAGAACCGGAAAAACCCAAAGCACCGGAAAAACCCAAAGCACCGGAAAAACCCGCGGAACCUGCUCCUGGGAAGAGACCGCGAGAGCCCAAAGACGGUGAGACGAAACCGGAUGUACCUAGAGAGGUGGCGAAGCAGCAGAAUGUUGCGGCACCUGCUCCUUUACCGCCGAUGACGUAUGCAGUUGGGUAUACUUGCUCCGAAGGUUAUUAUAAUGGUUAUGGUGGAGGACCUAGCUAUUAUGGUGGACCACCCCAACAACCGUUCCCAUAUUACGAGACUUACGGUAGGCCUGUUUAUGACAGCUGGGGUGGCGGCGGCGGUGGCUACCACAGGUACGGCGGCCGUACCGGUGAAUGUUUUAGUGAAGAAAACCCUCAAGGUUGCUCGAUCAUGUAAAAAAACCGCGGGAAUUUGCUGCUGAAAGCAAUAUAUAGCUGAAUUCGUUAUACUAUAAUGGUAAUAAUAAAUUCUCUUGUCUACUGGUGUAUGAAUCUGGGGGAGUCAUUUUGUGGAUUUUUAUUUAUUUCUAGUUUUACUGAGUUUAUAAAAGUCGUAAAGAACAUUAACAAGGUUGGUGGCGUUGGUGGUGGCGGCGACAACGGCGGCUGUAGUGGUGGUGGGUGUGCUCCAGGCUUGCAAAAAGUUUGUUUACCAUAGUUUUAAAUUUUAAUAAAUAAAAAUGAUGUAUCUUUUUAUCUGUCAGAGUCUUUUGUUUUUAAUUAUAUGAAGGAAUUCAUGGAAGGAACCUUCUCAAAUGUAAACUUAGAUUAUAAUAAUGUAGUAUGCUUAUUAAUUUUACAA